UCAUAGGUGGCAUGAGGAGGCAUGAGGCAUGCGAGUGAGUGUGUGAGUCAAGGUUGGGCGUUGAGUGCUUGACAACAACACAACUACUGAGGUUUAGGAAGCUUACACAGGUGUCUCUUCUCAACUUAUUGUUCCAUCAAGAUGGGGACCAUUGGUCAGUUUUUGAUAUCUGCAUUGAUACGGUUGAUAUCAUUGGCCAUAUCAGUAGUAGUGUUAGUGGGCUUGUUGCGGCGGCGAUGGAAAGUGGGCAAGCAGUUCUUCUAUGUGAAGCCUCGCCCCACUCCACCACCAAUCCUCACUGACCCUCAGUGGGGCACCCAUGCUUACGUGGACCUGAAGGAACAGGGCAUCAAGCUACAUUAUGUAGAGGCUGGCGACCGCAAGAAUCCACUCAUUGUCUUCGUUCAUGGCUUUCCUGAGUUUUGGUUUUCAUGGCGACAUCAACUUAAACACUUUUCUCAGAAGUAUUGGGUGGUGGCAGUGGACAUGCGAGGCUAUGGAGAGUCUGACAAACCUUCAUCAAAAUCGCAAUACAACACUGACCUCCUCAUUCAGGAUCUUCGCUACUUUGUCCUCGCCUUAGGUAAGAAAUGCACACUGGUAGCUCAUGACUGGGGUGCGGUACUAGCAUGGCAGUUAGUCACUCUGCACCCAGAACUCUUCACCGCCCACAUUUCUCUCAAUGGACCUCACCCAGGUGCCUACCAAAAGUACAUUAGGAAGUCUUUCACACAGCUCCGUAUGUCUUGGUACAUCUGUUUCUUCCAAACACCAUGGAUUCCGGAGCUGAUGCUACGAUCACAUGACCUUCAAUCUCUAGAGAAGAUGUUUCGUGGUACCAAGAAAAAUGUACUUGCCUUCCCUGAUGAUGUUAUAGAAGCUUUCAAAUACUACUACUCUCAGAAAGGAGCCUUCACUCCUCCAAUAAACUACUAUCGCAACAUUGUCAUCGGUGAUUCCCGGAAGCUACCAGUGUCUAAGAUCCGAGUGCCCACGUUAGUCAUUUGGGGCACAGACGACUUGGCGCUUAGCAAGCCCCUAGCUAAACUGUCUUCACAAGAGUGUGAAUCUGGGGAGUUGAAGUUCGUGGAAGGAGCGAGCCACUGGGUGCAACAGGACAGUCCAGACAUUGUCAACACGCUCAUCCAACAGUAUCUUGAUUCCAACCCUAGCAGCAAAAUUGAAUAAGUUAUCGCUGAUAUCUGUUUGCUGAAGCAUAUCGACCUCGGUUGUCACAAAUUUGACUUAUGCUACAACAAAAAAUAUACAAUAAGUCUUGAAAAGAA